AUGGAGAAGCAUGUGAGGGGGCAGGAGGAGAGUGGGUCGCGGGAGGCGUACCGGCGUGGUAAGUCGCCCAAGGCAGUAAAGGCCUUUUCAAUCGUCAAGGAGUCAAGGCAUGUGCUGGUCCAGAACGUGCCAGCGGUGGGCGUGCAGGAGGACCUCCUCGCGCUCUUCUCUGCUCAUGGCCACGUUGAAGAGUGCCGCGCCAUCGGCGAAGAGGAGCUGCCACGUGAACAGUUCACCGAGGUCUACUUGAUCACGUUUGCCCAGCUUUCCGACGCAAGGCGAGCAAAGAGGAAGUGUGAUGACCACAACUUUAUGGGCGCUAUCUUGCACGUGACCUACGCGCCCGAGUUCGAGACGCUCGAAGACACCCGCCGAAAGCUCGAACAGCGCCGCACCGAGGUCCUCACCCGAGUGCAAGGUACCGUGGCCGCUCUCGCGUAG